AUGAAAUCUAAUCAAGAUAUUUCUAUUAAUGAUUAUAAUCAAACAAGUUCUACUAAUCCAUUACAAGUAUAUUAUUCAAAUGAUAUACAGAAUCAAUCGAUUAUUGUUUGGUUUACUAUUGAAAGAUCUCUAAAUAAUAUGUUUGAUUCGUUUCGUUUUAUUUUACGUUCGAUUGAUAGUUUUUCAUUAUCAAAUAUUAUUAUUCGAACAUUAACAAAUUUUACAAAACUCGUGGAUUUUAACAAUAGUUUAAGAAUAUUUAAUCUUGAAACUGGUCAAUAUGAAGUAUGUAUUGAAUUUCAAAUGGAUUCUACAAGAUUUAUUUAUGAACCGCGUGAUGGUUGUAUACCUAUGCGUAUAGGUAAAUCAUCAUUUGAAUUAUUAACUCCAAGUCCAGCACCCCUACUUAUUACAUUAGCUUGUAGUAUAGUAAUUUUUUUUAUUCUUGGUCUUGUUGUUCAAUGGGCAAAAGAAAAACGUAGAAGAAAACGUCAAGAUAGUCAAAGCACACGAUCGCGUUCAUCAAGUUUUCUAUCAUCAAUAUCUUUGAAACAACAACGUGAUCGUCUUAUAAAAAAUUUAUUUCAUCGUCAUAUUGAGCAACCUGAAGUAUCAGAUAUGCGCCAAUGGGCACGUGAUCUAACAUGUCGACAUCGUAUUUCAGAACAAGAACAAAAUGUUAAAAGAAGAAAACCAUUUCUACAAUGGCAUAAACAUUUCUUUCCAGUAAAAGAUUAUCUAUUACAAGAACAACCACGAACAAGAACUAUGUUGCAUGAUAGAAAUCUAUCAUCAGAACCAAUUUUAACUAGAAAUAGCAUUUCUACAAUUUCAGAACAAGUUCAUUAUGAAACGCCAUCUAGGAAAAUUUCAUUUGAUUUAUCAAUACCAGAAGAAUAUGAACCAAAUAUGAAGUUAAUUAUUGAUUCUAACGUGUGA